AGUCCACCGAACUGAAACAGAAAGUACAUUUGUUGCUUUGUACAGAAUCCAUUUUGAGAUGACAGAGCAGAAAACACUAUCUGGAGAGAAGUAAUAAUAAAGGGUCAGUGCUCUAAAAUGAGUCUCUCUGGGGAGAGAGAGGAGGGGAGCCCUGCCUCUAAAAUGAGUCUCUCUGGGGAGAGAGAGGAGGGGGUCCCUGCCUCUAAAAUGAGUCUCUCUGGGGAGAGAGAAGAGGGGGUCCCUGCCUCUAAAAUGAGUCUCUCUGGGGAACAUGACACCAAAGCUAAGAGUCCAAUCAAGCAGGAGAGACCAGCCUCCCCUGUACCCAGCUGUGUGUCCAUGAAGAGUGACCAGUCUAUGGAUCCUCCUAUAAUGUUUAGAGAGGGAGACUUUUCUACUGAACAAAGCAACCAACAGGAGAGAUCAGAGUCAGAGAUUCUCAGUGGUCAGUCUUCCCAGGGUCAACAUAUAGACCUGACCUCCAUAUUCAAUUUGCUUGAAGAGAAUAUUAUAACAUUUGUGAAGAAUGAGCUGAAGAUGUUUAAGAGGAUUCUUAGUCCAGAACUCCCAGAAGGCUUUGAGAGUCAGAAGCAGGAUAAGGAAGUGGUUGAUGCUGAAGAUGAGAAGCAGGAGAGCAGUGCCAGAGAGGGGGCUCUGAAGAUCACACUGCACAUCCUGAGGAAAAUGAACCAGAAGGAGCUUGCUGACACACUGGAGAAAAAUUCAGACGAACUUGCUGUGAUUUGUCAACGUGAACUCAAAUCUAAUCUAAAGAAGAAGUUUCAAUGUGUAUUUGAGGGGAUCGCUAAACAAGGAAACCCAACACUUCUCAAUAAGAUCUACACAGAGCUCUACAUCACAGAGGGUGGAACAGGAGAGGUCAAUAAUGAACAUGAGCUGAGACAGAUUGAGACAACAACCAGGAAACAAGCAAGACCAGAGACUGCAAUCAAAUGUAACGACAUCUUCAAACCCUUAACUGGACAAGACAAACUUAUCAGAACUGUGCUGACAAAGGGAGUCGCUGGCAUUGGAAAAACAGUCUCUGUGCAGAAGUUCAUUCUGGACUGGGCUGAAGGAAAAGCAAAUCAGGAUGUUCAAUUUGUAUUUUCAUUCCCUUUUCGGGAGCUGAAUUUGAUGAAAAGGGAAAAACACACUUUGAUUGAACUUCUCAACCACUUCUCAAUGGAAACCAAACAAUCAAGAAUCUCCAACUACGACAAGUACAAAGUUCUGUUCAUCUUUGAUGGUCUGGAUGAGUGCCGACUGCCCCUAGACUUCCAGAACAACAAGAUCUGUUGUGACGUCACAGAGUCAACCUCAGUGGAUGUUCUGCUGACAAAUCUCAUCAAGGGGAACCUGCUUCCCUCUGCUCUCCUCUGGAUAACUACCCGACCUGCAGCAGCCAAUCAGAUCCCUUCAGGGUGUGUUGACCAGGUGACAGAGGUACGAGGGUUCAAUGACCCACAGAAGGAGGAGUACUUCAGAAAGAGAUUCAGUGAUGAUGAGGACCUGGCCAGCAGUAUCAUCUCACAUAUAAAUACAUCAAGCAGCCUCCACAUCAUGUGCCACAUUCCAGUCUUCUGUUGGAUUUCUGCAAUAGUCAUUGAACACAUGCUGAAACAUAAGAGAGAAGAGAUGCCCAAGACUCUGACUGAGAUGUACACACACCUUGUGGUGUUUCAUACCAAAUGGAAGAAUGAAAAGUAUCACUGGAAUCAAGAGAGCAUUCUGUCACUGGGAAAACUGGCUUUUCAACAGCUUGUGAAGGGCAAUCUGAUUUUCUAUGAAGAAGACCUGAAAGAGGCUGGCAUUGAUGUCAAUGAAGCCUCAGUGUACUCAGGAUUGUGCACACAGCUCUUUAAAGAGGAAUGUGGGCUGUACCAGGACAAGGUGUACUGCUUCGUGCAUCUGAGCAUUCAGGAGUUUCUGGCUGCUGUAUAUGUGUUCCUCUCAUUCAUCAACAACAACGAGAAUCUAAUGGCCAAACCGCAAUCAAUGUUCAGCUACUUUUUUGCUCUGUUCAGAUACGAGUCUGACGUUACUCUCUACAAGAGAGCUGUGGAUAAAGCCUUACAAAGUGAGACGGGAAACCUGGACCUUUUCCUCCGCUUCCUUCUGGGCCUCUCACUGGAGUCCAAUCAGAAGCACUUAGGAGGUCUACUGACAAAGACAAGAAGCAGCUCACAGAGCCAUGAAGAAACAGUCAAGUACAUCAAGGAGAAGAUCAGGGAGAAUCCCUCUCCAGAGAGGUGCAUCAAUCUGUUCCACUGUCUGAAUGAACUGAAUGACCAUUCUCUAGUGGAGGAGAUCCAAAGCUACCUGAGAUCAGGAAGUCUCUCAGAAGCCAGACUCUCACCUUCACAGUGGUCAGCUCUGGUCUUUGUGUUGCUGACUUCAGAAAAAGAGCUGGAUGUGUUUGACCUGAAGAAAUACUCCAGAUCAGAGGAAGGUCUACUGAGGCUGCUGCCAGUGUUCAAAGCCUCCAGAGUUGCUCUGCUGUCAGGCUGUGGAGUCACAGAGGAAGGAGGUGCUUCUCUGGUCUCAGCUCUGAAGUCAAACCCCUCACAUCUGAGAGAGCUGGAUCUGAGUAACAAUGACCUGAAGGAUUCAGGAGUGAAACUUCUCUCUGCUGGACUUGGGAAUCCCCACUGUAAACUGGAGACCCUGGGGCUGUCAGGCUGUCUAGUCACAGAGGAAGGCUGUGCUCCUCUGGUCUCAGCUCUGAAGUCAAACCCCUCACACCUGAGAGAGCUGGAUCUGAGUAACAAUGACCUGAAGGAUUCAGGAGUGAAACUUCUCUCUGCUGGACUUGGGAAUCCCUACUGUAAACUGGAGACCCUGAGGCUGUCACGCUGUCUAGUCACAGAGGAAGGCUGUGCUCCUCUGGUCUCAGCUCUGAAGUCAAACCCCUCACACCUGAGAGAGAUGGAUCUGAGUAACAAUGACCUGAAGGAUUCAGGAGUGAAACUUCUCUCUGCUGGACUUGGGAAUCCCCACUGUAAACUGGAGACCCUGAGGCUGUCACGCUGUCUAGUCACAGAGGAAGGCUGUGCUCCUCUGGUCUCAGCUCUGAAGUCAAACCCCUCACACCUGAGAGAGCUGGAUCUGAGUAACAAUGACCUGAAGGAUUCAGGAGUGAAACUUCUCUCUGCUGGACUUGGGAAUCCCCACUGUAAACUGGAGACCCUGAGGCUGUCAGGAUGUCUAGUCACAGAAGAAGGCUGUGCUUCUCUUGUCUCAGCUCUGAAGUCCAACCCCUCACACCUGAGAGAGCUGGACCUGAGUUACAAUCACCCAGGAGACUCAGGAGUCAGACUGCUCUCUGCUGGACUGGAGGAUUCACACUGCAGACUGGAGAAUCUCAAUGUGGAACAUGGUGGAGAGAACAGAAUGAAACCUGGGCUUAGAAAAUAUGCCUGUGAUCUCACACUGGACCCAAACACAGUAAACAGAAACCUCUCUCUGUCUGAGGAGAACAGAAAGGUGACAUGUACGAGAGAGGAGCAGCCGUAUCCUGAUCACCCAGAGAGAUUUGAGGAUGAUGAACAGGUGUUGUGUAGAGAGGGUCUGACUGGGCGCUGUUACUGGGAGGUAGAGAGGAGUGGGAGAUGGGCUGAUAUAGGAGUGACAUAUAAAGGAAUCAGCAGGAGAGGAAGGGUUAAUGACUGUGGGAUUGGACAGAAUGACAAGUCCUGGAGUCUGUUCUGCUCUGACAAUAGUUACACAGCCAGGCACAAUAAUAAUCUCACUACCAAAUACGUCCCCUCCUCCAGAUCCCACAGAGUAGGAGUGUAUCUGGACUGGCCAGCCGGCACUCUGUCCUUCUACAGAGUCUCCUCUGACACACUGACCCACCGUUACACAUUCCACACCACAUUCACUGAGCCCCUCUAUCCAGGGUUUAGUGUUUGUGAUGACUCCUCAGUGUCCCUGUGUCAGGUGGUCCCUGUGUUAAACACAACAUGAUGUUUCACUCUAAUCAUGUGUUUUAUGUUUGAUCAGAAUAUGACGUUUAAAUACGUUCCAUACGCACAGAAAGCUUAUAAGUUUUACAUCCCUGUUAGUGAGCAUUUCUCCUUUGCCAAGAUAAUCCAUCCACCUGAAAGGUGUGACAUUUCAAGAAGCUGACUAAACUGCAUGAUCAUUACAAAGGUACACCUUGUGCUGGGGACAAUAAAAGGCCACUCCAAAAUGUGCAGUUUUGUCACAUAACUUGAAACACCUCUUGCAUUGUGUUUUGAGGGAGCGUGCAAUUGGCAUGCUGACUGCAGGAAUGUCCAACAGAGCUGUUGCUAGAUCAUUUAAUAUUCCCAAUCAUGUGAGAUCCAUAGAUUAGAGCCUAAUUUAUUUAUUUCAAUUGACUGGGUUCCUUAUAUGAACUGUAACUCAGUAAAAUCUUAGAAAUGGUUGAGUUUAGAUUUUAGUUCAGUAUAACAAAAAAGAGCAGUUCUAAAUGUUUUAUGUCUGAUAUGAUGUUAAUAGAAUAUUUAAAAAAUGAUUUUGUGUGGAGGUGCUGACUAAAGUCAUUCCAUCCUUUCUCUAAAUGUUAGUAACACUAAGUCAUUCUAUCCUUUCUCUAAAUGUUGGUAACACUAAGUCAUUCUAUCCUUUCUCUAAAUGUUAGUAACACUAAGUCAUUCCACCCUUUCACUAAAUGUUAGUAACACUAAGUCAUUCUAUCCUUUCACUAAAUGUUAGUAACACUAAGUCAUUCUAUCCUUUCUCUAAAUGUUAAUAACACUAAGUCAUUCUAUCCUUUCUCUAAAUGUUAGUAACACUAAGUCAUUCUAUCCUUUCUCUAAAUGUUAGUAACACUAAGUCAUUCUAUCCUUUCUCUAAAUGUUAGUAGCACUAAGUCAUUCCACCCUUUCACUAAAUCUCUAAAGUAACUUUAUAUUGACAGAUGCCUCAUGUCAGUGUUCUGGAUUUUGAUGAAAGGAAAUCCCAUAUAACCUACUGGCCAGGACUUUUCUAUGGCAUCUUCUGUUUGGGUGUCUCAGGUCAGGUCUGCACCAUGAUCAGAAUGUGUCUCUGUGUCUAUUUCCAGCCCUGCCAUUUCUAUCAUGUCCUGAUCUAGUGUUUCACCCCUGACCUCCUCACACAUCUCAGUGUUCUUGUCUGCUUGGGGUUGUAUAUUGGGGUUGUGCUGCAGAGCAUCAUGGGGGUUUGUAUGUGUUGAGAUGAUCACGUUCCAGAUAAAUGGUUGAACUGA